ACAGCUCGCACCGCCCCCCGCGAUACUGCCGGUUCCCGCGAGGCUGGGUAGUGUGGCUGGCGCCGCCUCAGGGGCUGGUACAGCGCCUCGCGCCGCCGCGGGGUCUCGCGGAGGGGGUGGUUGUUGCCGGCCGGCAGGAGGGGCGAGCGGCCGGUGCGCGCCGCCCUAGGCGAUGGCGGCGGGCGGCGGCGGGGGUGCGGUGGGGGGCGCGGGCUGGCGGCUGCCCGGGCGGGUGCUGGAGCUGGUGUUCUCCUACCUGGAGCUGCGGGAGCUGCGCAGCUGCGCGCUGGUUUGCCGGCUGUGGCACCACGUCCUGCACGGCGAUGAGAACAGCGAGGUGUGGCGCAGCCUGGCCGCCCGUAGCCUGGCCGAGGAGGCGCUGCGCACUGACAUCCUCUGCAACGUGCCCACCUACAAGGGCAAGGUACGGGCCUUUCAACAUGCUUUCAGUACCAAUGACUGCUCCAGGAAUGUGUACAUCAAGAAAAAUGGAUUUACAUUGCACCGGAACCCCAUUGCUCAGAGCACAGAUGGGGCAAGGACCAAGAUUGGUUUCAGCGAGGGUCGUCAUGCUUGGGAAGUUUGGUGGGAGGGGCCUCUUGGCACAGUGGCAGUAAUUGGAAUUGCCACAAAACGGGCUCCCAUGCAGUGUCAGGGCUAUGUAGCACUGCUGGGCAGUGAUGACCAGAGUUGGGGAUGGAAUCUGGUGGACAAUAAUUUGCUACAUAAUGGAGAAGUAAAUGGCAGUUUCCCACAGUGCAAUAAUGCACCAAAAUACCAGAUAGGUGAGAGGAUUAGAGUCAUCUUGGACAUGGAAGACAAGACAUUAGCCUUUGAGCGGGGCUAUGAGUUCUUGGGCGUUGCAUUCAGAGGAUUGCCAAAGGCCUGCCUAUAUCCAGCAGUGUCUGCUGUGUAUGGGAACACAGAGGUGACUUUGGUCUACCUGGGAAAACCUCUAGAUGGAUAACAUUGAUUGUUUCAUUGGGACAUCAAGAUGUGGAAGAUCUGGAGAAGAAAUCUGCACGUUGGUUAGAGGGAAAGAUGAACUUGAAAUAAAGUGUGGGUCCGUGUGCAAGAAACCUCCAGGAAAACAAAGAAUUGUGAUCUGGAGAACCAGCCAUACUGCAGGAAUUGUUACAUUUCCUUUUUCUAUCAAACCAGAAAAAUCCUCAGGGUUGGAGUUGGUUGAAUGGGCAGUUCACACAUGCAUGUUGCAACAUAUUUCAUUGCUAAGAUGGCUGUGUGUGACCUCAAAUACGUAAGGAAAGAUUUGAUAGACGUGCUUGAGGAAAUUAACCUGCGAAUUUGUAGGUAGCGUGUUUUGUGAAAGACUCCCAUUUUAAAACUGUUCCUUCUGGGCCAGUGUGGCUACCAGAGGGGAGAGAGUCUGGUUGGGUUUUAUUUAUAUUUUUUAACAUAUUGAGAAGCAUGGUCUGCCUGGACUGCACUUCUCUUAUACAAUGAGAUAUAAAAUUUGUGCAGCUAUUUUUAAGUGUAUUUUAAAGGUUGUAUAUACAGAACAUGUAAAAAAAAAAUCCUGUUAAAAGGUCGGCUUCUUUCUAAACUGGGAUAUAAUUUCUUAAAGGAAAAACCACUACAUGGCAUCAGAACAACUUCUGUUGAGAGAUAGACAACAUGCAUGCAAGUGUUAUAAAGCAUCUUAGGAUGCUUUUGUGGAAGAAGGUGCUACAUAGGCUCAUUUGGAUGUGGAGAAAGUUUCCAUGGCUAAAGCAAUUUUUGUUUGUUUUCUGUGACAAAAAGAAGCCCCCCCCAUGAGUUUUAUUAUGCCACAAAUCCUGAUACCUAUUAACAAGGGAAUGCAAACUGAUUUACUGGGUUGAUCUUCCUCUUGAUGCAGAAAAACGAAUUCAUCUUUAAGAAGUCAUAAAGUUUAUAAUAUUGUAAAAUGAGGCUUUCAAAGUAAUAUGAAAAACAAUGUUGAACUUCCUGGGUCUAGAUUUUAUUUUUCUGUUAAAAUGUUUUAAUAAGGAUUCAAGGUUUCCUUUUAUUUGACUUAAAUUGGAUGUUUAAAAGACAAACAAACCCCCAAAUAUCCAGGUAUGGGCUCUGUCCGCCUACAACCAAGAGUAGUAAAACUCUCACCUCCCUCUGACAGGAAUUCUGGAUCAGGUCUACUGUGUGGGGUUUUCACCCAUUUCAUUUUUCUAAAAACUAUUUUUCACAAACUUGUCAGCAUUACGGUACUCAUGGAAUCUGGUAUCACAGCCUUCUCAAUCAGUUGUGUCCUAAGGAAGUAGAUGUAGGUGCUGUAGCAGCUGCUUUCCACAGAGGCUGAAAGCUCAACAGUGGUCUAGGAAACUGCCAGCUUCCACAAUGAAAAAUGCAAAGUUAGCCUCCAACCUGGCAGUAACAUCUUAACCUCUAAGCCCUGAAGCCAACCCUUGGUACUAAAAUUUUAUUUCUUUUUUUUUUUUAAUGUUUCUCCAAGCUACACAGAGCUAUCUUAACUUUUUUCAGGAUUAUUAUUUGAGGGAAGGGGAAGGGAAACAUUUGUACAAACCCUUAAUUUGUCUGUGCUAGAGAAUCUGAAUCAUGUAAUCUCAGACAUAUCUUUGAGUUCUCUGUGUAUGGGCAUGAGAGGAAAUUCUUAAAUUAUUGAUUUAAUUUUUUUCUGUUAUCUGAUUAAGCCGGGGAAAUGGUACAGGGAGCUGUCUGGAAUAAUUGGGAUGCUGUUGAAGAACUAGGUUUGGAAUGCUUUUUACAUAAUAUAUAAUAGGGUUCUGCUCUGGAACAGACUCUGUUGUUGCUACUUGAAGGGUUCUAAAAUAUUUAUUUGUGUUAUGUGUAGUCUGUUACUUAAAGGGAAUAUCUGUUGAGGUCAGUUUCUCUUGUUUGUUUUUGAAAACAAAAUGCACAUCAAGAAAUGAAAGACCUUUUAAAACAUUGAACUGAAACAUGGAACAGUUGAAUGAAGUGAGACCUGUACAUGUGAAUAACUUUUAGAAAAAUCUAAUUGUUACAAACAUUUACUAUUUGUACUAGAUUGUAAACUAUAUAUCAAUACAGCAGAACAUUAUGGCAUCAAUUUAAAAACUGUCCUAAAAUGAAAGAAAAACUUAAGUUAGAUUAAUGUGCUCUUUAAAUGAGUCUUGGAAGGCAUGGUCUCUACACUUGUUUAUGGAAUCCAAGUAUAUAUAGCUAAUCCCAAGAACUGUUCCAGAGAAUUUUGUUCAUGAAUUAGGUUUCACUUUUCUUUUUCAGGUAAUGUCAUGCCCUCUUUCCCUAUAAAUUAGAAGUGGUGGAAGCUGAACAUUCCUUUCCUUGGAGGGUGGGCGAUGAGGAACAUCUUGCUUAUGUAAACUUGUUAUAACUUAUUACUGGAGACCAAUGCUAGUUGUACAAAAUAUUAAAAUAAACUCUGCUACAACAUACAAG